AUGGCGUUGGUUUCGGCUGCUCCAUACAUUGCGUUGCUCGCCGAGCAUGACAAUACGUUGAAGUCACAUGCGUUGGCGUCGUUAAACUCCGUGGUCGACCUGCUUUGGGCAGAAAUCGCCAACAAUUUACCGGAGUUGGAGGAUCUUUACGAAGACUCGCUCUUCGGCGAUAGGGCCUUGGCGGCGCUUGUGAUUUCCAAGGUCUACUACAACCUUGGCGAUUUCGAAGCAUCUGUCAAGUACGGUCUCCGUGCUGGAAAUGAGUUCAACAUCGAGGAGAAAAGCCAGUAUAUCGAAACUAUUGUGUCGCAAUGUAUCAGCAUCUACACGGCCGAGGCACAAAAGAUAUACACCGGUGAACACACAGGCCCAAUCAGCGCACAACUCACUUUGAUUUUCGAGAAAAUGGUGCAGAAAUGCAUCGCCGCAGGCGACUUGAAGUUGGCAGUGGGCAUUGCUGUUGACAGUUUCCGCUUGGACAUCAUCACGAGAGUCAUCAGCGAGGAGUUGGCGCGUGACGAAGAGUCGGGUUCUGCUUUGCUCAACUACGUGUUGACCUGCGCCAAGCUGGUGAUCACCAAUGCUGCAUUUCGUUCCGAUGUAUUGACUGCGUUGAUUGAUUUGUUGUUGUCCAUGCCAAGCAACCCGGACUUCUUCACUGUUUUUAAGAUCAUUGUGCAGUUGAAUGACCACACUUUGGCCACGAAGGUUUUCAAGAAACUCGUCGCCAGUGGCGAGAGCUUGGUGGCAUACCAGGGUGCCUUUGACUUGGUUAGCUCUGCAUCACAGGAGCUCGUAGACAGUGUGUCGAAAGAGUUGUCCACUGAUGAAACUUUUGACCCGCAGGAGCCUGUUCAAGCCCGUGUGCUACAUAUCUUAUCCGGAGUUCCCACAUGCGAUUUGGACAUCACCUUCUUGUACAAGAACAAAAACAUCGACAUCUCGAUUUUGAACACGACUAAGCAUUCCUUGGAGGGAAGAAACUCCAUCUUUCAUUCCGCAGUCACUUUUGCCAACGCAUUCAUGCACAUGGGAACCACCGACGACUCUUUCUUCAGAAAAAACUUGGACUGGUUGGGCAAAGCUUCGAACUGGUCGAAAUUCUCUGCUACGGCUGCUUUGGGUGUGAUCCACAAGGGCAAUCUUUCGCAGGGUCGUAACAUUUUGAAGCCUUACUUACCCGGUUCCACAGGUUCUGCUUAUACGAGAGGUGGUUCUUUGUUUGGCCUCGGCUUGAUUUUUGCCGGCCAUGGAAGAGAGACCAUUGACUACCUCAAGCUGUUCAUUGACGAGAGCGGAAACUCCGCAGGAACUGCCAACUCAGAUGUGGUAUCUCAUGGUGCUUGUCUUGGCAGUGGUGUCGCAGGAAUGGGCUCCAACAGCGAGAGCCUUUAUGAGGCGUUGAAGGUGGUUCUUUACUCUGACUCUGCUGUUUCCGGCCAAGCCGCAGGCUUGGCCAUGGGAUUAGUCAUGCUUGGAUCGGGAAACACAGAGGCCAUCAAUGACAUGUUUACUUACGCUCAAGAAACUCAACACGAACACAUUGUUCGCGGUUUGGCUAUUGGUAUUGCUUUGUUGAAUUACGGCCAAGAAGACAAGGCCAUCAAUAUCAUCGACAAGCUUUUAGACCAAGAGAACCCCAUUUUGAGGUAUGGUGGUGCAUUCACGAUUGCCUUGGCAUAUGUCGGAACAGGCAACAACGAUGCGAUUAAAAAGUUGUUGCACUACGCUGUGUCAGACCCAUCGGAUGAUGUUAGAAGAGCAUCAGUGCUCGGUUUAGGUUUCUUGCUUAUCCGUGACUACAAUGCCGCUCCACAAAUUGUUGAGCUCUUAUCACAGUCCCAUAAUCCUCACGUGCGUUACGGCACAGCUAUGGCCUUAGGUAUUGCUUGUGCUGGAAGAGCGUCUUCUGCAGCUCUCGAAGUCUUGGACCCUUUGACCAAGGAUGGCGUUGACUUUGUGAGGCAAGGUGCCUUACAGGCAUCUGCAAUGAUCUUGAUCCAACAAAACGAAGCUACGUUUCCAAAGGUUAAAGACUUCCACAAAUUAUACCUGGAUACCAUCAAGAACAAGCACGAAGAUGCCAUGGCAAAAUUUGGUGCGACUUUAGCGCAAGGUAUCAUUGACGCGGGCGGACGUAAUGUCACAAUUAGCUUGGAAAACACCAACACAAAUACCUUGAAUACCAAAGCUAUUGUUGGACUUGCAGUUUUCAUGCAAUCAUGGUUCUGGUUUCCAUUCACCCACUUUUUGUCGCUUUCAUUCGCGCCCACUGCCAUUAUUGGUGUGAAUGAAAAUCUCAAGGUUCCAAAGUUUGAGUUGAAUGUACACAGCAAGCCCGAGUAUUUCGGCUAUCCACCAAAGGUCGAGGAGGAGAAGGAAAAACAACCAGACAAGGUCGCGAAGGCCGUUCUCUCAACGACGGCAAAGGCAAAGGCUAGGGCUAAAAUGCAUCAUGCCAAAAAGAAGGAAGAAAAUGAUGAGGACACGAUGGAAGUUGAUGAAUCCGAAAAAGAGAAGUCAGAAGACAAGACCGAAGUUAAAGCUGAGGAAAAGAAGGAUAUUGAAGAGGAAGACUCUAAGGAGACUCCAGAAAGUUCGUCUUUCGAACAGGUCGGCCUUCGCUACGUGAAAACUCCAUAUCAGAUCAGCAAUUUGUCAAGAGUGUUGCCAUCUCAAGCUGGAUUUGUUUCUUUUAUCAAAGAUGAGAGGUUCCUGCCCAUCCGUAAAUUUAAGGGAUCAGGUGGCAUCAUAGUUCUUGAGGACAAGAAGCAGGGUGAGCCAAUUGAGGCGAUUAAGACCGUAAGGCAAAUGAACAUAACGGAAGCUCCUCUUCCGCAGCCGUUUACAUUGACAGGGGAUGAUUUGGAAGAUGAGCUUGAUGUUUAA